AUUGUUUUUUUUUUUUCUUUGUAUGGCGGACGAUUGGAAGCUCGUUCGCGACUGGCUCGUGCGUGCCGGCGCGCUUCCGUCCAACUCAUCCUGCAACAAUGGCAAUGCCGAGCUCGUCGACCUCGCAGUCGCACUCAAGGACGGCACCGUGCUCUGCGCACUCUCAAACCGGAUUCUCGCUGGAUCUGUGAGCAAAGUGCAUCGCCAGCCCAGAUUGCAGUUCCUGUGCUAUGAAAACAUUGCCAACUUCCUCGAUGCAUGCGUCAAGACGUUCGGGUUGAAGCGCGCCGAGUUGUUCGCGACGGAGGACUUGUACUAUGGCAGCAACUUUGGCAAAAUCAUCACGACGCUCGACAAGCUCUCCAAAACGCCAUUCUCGGCGCAGGCAGGGCUGCUGGGCAUUCUGCCAUCUGCGGCAACGGGCGGUACGCAAGGAAACGCUGCGGCGCGCCGGCCCACUGCGGCACGGCCUGUGACUCCCGCGGAAGACUUGUACGGAACGCUGCCAGACAUGCUCGACACUGCGCAGGCCAAGUCCAACAGGGCGCAGGCGGGCCCGCAGUCCAUCCCCGGCCUGAUGGACGACUACACGACGCCAUCGGAUAUCGACGAUGUGUACCAGGGCAUGCAAGACUUGCAGCGUGCGCGUGGCACGACCGUCCGCCGCCAGCAGCCCACCAACAAGGCGCAGCAGGCAGCCAAGCACACUGCCCGGCUUUCCACCAUCUCGCAUGCUCAGCGAGACGCCAUCCCGGUCCUGCCCGACACGGGCAAGCGCUCGCACAUUAUCAACGAGCUGAUGAGCACCGAGGCGUAUUUCGUCGCGUCGCUCGACAUGAUUGAAGACUUUUUUUACAAGCCGCUGGUCAGCUUUCUCGACGCCCAGACUGUCUCCACCCUGUUUUGCAACCUGAAGCAGCUGCUCCAAGUGCACACAGACAUCAUGGAAGCGCUCAUCAGCUCGAUCGAAGACAACCAAGGCAACGACAUUGCCAAAGCGCUCGUCGACCAUAGCCAGCAGCUGAUGGCCUAUGGCGAGUACUGCGCCAACCUUCCCGAUGCCAUGAACCUGCUGCAAGAGCUCCAGCUGCGACCGGAAUUUGUCAAUCGAAUGCUGGCCAUCCAAGAGCAGUCUCAGCAAAAGUUCCGCUUGGGCGACUUGCUCAACAUUCCGAUGCAACGUAUUCUCAAGUAUCCCUUGCUUCUGAAGGAGCUUCGGAAGUGCACGCCAGAGUCUCAUCCCGAUUCUGACAACAUUACCGCAGCCAUGACGGCGAUGGAGAGUGUGGCGACGUUCAUCAACGAUACCAAGCGUGAUAAAGAGUACUUGGCGCUCGCUGCCAACCUGACAGACAUGAUUGAGGGCGACACGGGUCCACUCAUCAGCUACGGAAAACUCUUGCGCGACGGCGAUCUGGAAAUCCGCACCAAGGACGACAGCAAGCCCAAGCAACGCUACAUCUUUUUGUUUGAGACGGCGCUCAUUGUAUGCAGCAUCAUCUCGCCGAGCAAGUACCGGUUUAAAAAGACAUUCAACCUGGUUGGCGGCACGCUGGAAGACGUGGCCGCCGUGCCGGGUCUGCCGAUUCAUGCCUGGUCGUUCAAGACGGCCGACAAUUCCCAGAACUGUCUCUUCAUGGCCAAGACGCAGGAGACCAAGCGUGUGUGGCUGUCUGUCCUCAAAAAGAUUGUGAAUGACCUGACCGAGCUGGAGAACGCGGCUAGCUCGCAAGGCAUCCACAAGGGAUCAAAGCACAUGUACAAGCGCCACAAGCAAAUGCCCAAGGCGAGCUGCCUCUACUGCCAUGCCUACAUUUGGGGCGAAGGCUUGCGCUGUCAAGUGUGCAUGGUGGACAUUCACCUCAAGUGCAUCGGUUUGAUCCACCCUUACUGCUCCGAGACGCGCCAGCACCUUACGCACGCCAACAAUCUGGACGGCGCCGACAUCAAGGGCGGAAGCCUCACUGCCAAGGCCCGCACGUGGCUCAAGGUCAAAGGAGGAGGCACGGUGGGCAAAGCAACGGGCGGGGCGGCCGUCACUGAUCCAAACGGCCCCACUGCCGAUCUGUCGCCGCGUCCUGGUCCGGCUGUCAAACCCCGUCCAAACGUCACCGGCCUGUUCCCCCCGCCAGUGGCUCCCUAUCAGCCGCCCCCAGCGAACCAGCCGGUGCAACCCCAAGUUCAGCCAGUUGCUGCUCCCGAGGGCGAGUCGGGUGACGCCUUUGUUGCCGUCGAGAAUUUUGCCGCCAGCAACGAUGACGAGCUCGACUUUGCUGUUGGCGACACGGUCAUGUUGCUGGAGCGCACCACUGAAGAUUGGUGGCUUGGCUCUGUCCGCGGCCGUCAAGGAUACUUUCCUGCCGUCCUUGUUCAACCUGCACCAAUCAAGCCAACUGGUUCAACGCGGUUUCCGGCACCAGAACCCGUUCCUGCUCCUCAACCACCUCGCCCCACGGCAACGUCGCCAACGUCCUCGAGCGACUUGGAGGGCUAUAGCUGGUUCCACGGACCGAUUUCCAAGGUACAGACGCACGAUUUGCUGGUGAACGAAACGCCUGGUACAUUUUUGGUGCGGCAAUCGGAAACAGGUACAGGGUGCACUCUGUCCUUGAACACUGCGGCUGGCCUCAAGCACGUCCGCAUCAAGCCUGGUCCGGAUGGCGCGGGAUUUUGCUUGGCGGACACCAAAGUCUUCCCAUCUGUGCAAGACUUGAUUGCGUACUACUUGCGGGAGUCGCUCGCGCAACACUUUACUCAGCUCGACUUUUCACUCAAGGCCACCGUCCCCAGGCGGCUUGCUCCUGCUCCACAACCAAGCAUUUCAGCCCCUCGAGCGCCCGUUUCGACUGGGCAGACCAAGGUUCCCGUGCCAUUCACGGCACCGCUUCCUCCAGGCGUUCACGAACCAGCCGUUCCCGAGCGUAAGUUGCCAUCGUCACCAGUGAACCCGGUAGCGCCUGCACCCGUAGCACCAAAGCCCGCUGGUCCUGGCGCUGCACCGAAGCCCUCUGGUCCCGCGGUACCAAAGCCCGCUGGUCCCGCGGCACCAAAGCCAUCCGGUCCCGCGGCACCAAAGCCCGCUGGUCCCGGGGCGCCCAAGCCGAUCGGCUCUGCUGGCCCUGGCGUCGCUCCAAAGCCAAUCGGCACAGCCGGUCCUGGGGUUGCGCCGAGGCCUGGAACUGGCAAGGCACCAGGAACAGACUCAUCUAAGCCGCUUGCUGGCACAGCCGCUCUCCGAGCAGCUGCAAAAUUGGGACAGACGUCUGCAGAUGCAGGCAUUGGGUCAAAAGACCAGAAGCCGGUUGUUCAGGCGCUGUAUUCGUACCAGGCCAAGCACCCGGACGAACUUGAGCUGUCGAUCGGAGAUUCCAUCGAGGUGCACGAAAUGGAGGACUCUGGGUGGUGGAAGGGUCGCAUCAUUGGCAAAUCGAUGAAAGUCGGCGUCUUCCCAUCAACCUACGUCACCGACAUUCACGGCAACCCUCCUCCUGGCUACAAGCCCCCUGUGACCAUGUAUCCCAUUGUCAACGCACAGGCCGAGUACUCGGAUGUGGACGAACCGCGGCCCUAUGAGCUCCCGCCAGACGAUGACGAUGACGACGACGACGGUGCCCCGAUGUACGAACAGCCCCGCGAUGACGACGAGGAUGAAGGUGCCACGUACGAGGUGCCCCCGGAUGAUGACGGAGCUGAAGAUGACGAUGACUGGUGAAGGAUUUGAGCGGCGUGCUUUCUUUGUUUUUUUUUUGGUCAUGUUUCGGCAUGCACUUGUUAUGUUUCUGCAUGCAGCUGUUCUUUACGUUUUGUUUUCUCGUGUCGCUUGUGUUUUUGUCAGUCCUUCGUGACGGUUUGUUUUUGUGUCUCUGUUCUUGAAAAUCAGUUGGAUGUCUAAACCUUUGAAACAU